AUGGAAAUAUCAAGCAAUAGCCAAGUGUUUGAAUUCGUUGUCAAUAAAGGGCAGACAAUUCUUGUUCCUCCAGCCGAGAAAACCCCGACCGGCCUAUAUUUCCUCUGCAACUUGGAUCAAAACAUUGCUGUCACAAUGCGAACAGUUUACGGCUUCAAAUCCGAAGAGGAAGGCAAUGAGAAUGCUGUAGAAAUAAUCAAGGACGCCCUGUCUAGAGUUCUUGUGCAUUUCUACCCGCUUGCAGGGCGGCUGACGAUCAGUCCGGAUAAGAAACUUGCUGUGGAUUGCACGGCCGAAGGGGCAGUGUUUGUGGCGGCCGAAGCGGAUUGUAAACUUGAAGAUUUAGGUGAUAUUACGAAGCCUGAUAAUGGGAUGCUUCGGCAGCUUGUUUAUGAUAUUCCUGGUGCUGAAAAUAUACUGGAAAUUCCUCCCAUGGUGGCUCAAGUGACGAAGUUCAAAUGCGGAGGUUUUGUUAUAGGGAUGUGUAUGAACCAUUGUAUGCUUGAUGGAAUUGGUGCAAUGGAUUUUUUAAAUUCUUGGGGUGAAACUGCUAGGAAUUUGCCUGUUAAAGUCCUUCCAUUUCUUGACAGAACUAUUCUCAGAGCAAGAAAUCCACCCCAGAUUGAAUUCCCCCACCAUGAAUUUUCUGAUAUUCAAGAUAUAUCAAACACCUCUCAACUUUACAAACAAGAAAUCAUUUGCAAAUCCUUUCAUUUUGACCCCGAAAAGCUUGAGAAUCUCAGAAAGAAAGCCUUGGAGGAUGGAAAUCUUCAUAAAUGCACCAGAUUUGAAGCUCUUACGGCUUUUGUUUGGAAAUCUCGUAGUCAGGCAUUAAAACUGAAGCCUGAUCAACAGACGAAACUCCUUUUCGCAGUUGAUGGCCGGUCGAGAUUUGAUCCACCACUCCCAGGGGGAUUCUUUGGCAAUGGAAUGGUGUUAACAUAUUCAAUCUGUAGUGCAGGUGAUCUAGUGAAAAAUCCUCUUUCAUUUGCAGUGAAACUAGUCUCCGAUGCAGUUAAAAUGGUCACAGGCCGUUACAUGAGAUCUGCCAUAGACUAUUUUGAGGUAACUCGAGCCAGGCCAUCUAUGUCCGGAACCCUACUGAUUACGACCUGGUCCAAGCUAUCUUUCCAUACUAUCGAUUUUGGUUGGGGAGAACCUGUUGUGUCAGGGCCUCUAGGCUUGCCUGAUAAGGAAGUUAUUGUGUUCGCAUCUCAUGGAAAAGAAAGGAAAGGUGGCAUUAAUGUGAUUGUGGGAUUACCAGCCUCUGCAAUGAAGACCUUCCAAGAAAUCUUGCUUGCAUCAAGUGCCGGGUAA